CUCCGGGACGGUCCGGUCAGCGUAGACACGGCAGAGGAUGAGGAGGGGAUGAGCUGAAGACACGCCGGGCGGACGACUGCUUCUCUAGGACAGCAUCAUGCUGAGUCUACUGCGCCACCUGCUGGCCGUCUUCCUGUACCUGCUGCUGCCCGGUGCUCACGGCAGGUUCCCCAACUACAACAACGGCUUUCACUACCAUGACAUCAGCAACGGCAACGGCAACGGAGAGAUCUUUUUCAAUGGUGUCCGUCUCCACGUGGAAUCCCCGCAGCUUGCCGUGUCGGCCUCCAGGGGGAGCAGUGUCAUCCUUCCUUGUCACUUUCACUACGAGCCUGAGCCAAACACACCACGCAGGACACGUGUCAAAUGGUCCUGGAUUCCAGCCAACACUAUCAGUGAACCUGUGUUCCCUGUAGCGACCGCCAGGGAAACUGAGGUCAUGGUUGCCAUGGGUAAACGUCAACGCAGCUACGGCAGCUUCAAGGGUCGCGUCCGCCUGCGACGUUCAGUGCCAGGGGACAUGUCGCUGGUGAUCAAUGAGCUGCAACUCAAUGACACGGGCAGGUACCGCUGUGAGGUGAUUGACGGCCUGGAGGACGAGAGUGUGACAGUGGAUCUGGAGCUGCGGGGUGUGGUGUUCCCUUACUUUUCUCAGAAAGGACGCUACCAUUUUAAUUUCUUUGGGGCCCAACAAGCAUGUCAGGAUCAGGAUGCCACCCUGGCUACAUUCGAGCAGCUCUUCACAGCGUGGGAGGAGGGGUUGGAUUGGUGUAACGCGGGCUGGUUGGCUGAUGGAACAGUGCAGUAUCCAAUCAUUGUCCCACGUGACGGCUGUGGGGGAAACAAUUUGGCACCUGGUUUACGCAGCUAUGGACAACGACAUCGUCUGCUCCACCGCUACGAUGCUUUCUGCUUUUCUGCGUCCAUUAAAGGGACUGUGUACUUCUUAAAGCACCCCACCAAGCUCAACUUCACAGAAGCAGUCGAGGCCUGUGUCAGAGAUGGAAGUCAAAUUGCCAGAGUGGGCCAGCUUUACGCCGCCUGGAGGCUGAUGGGAUUGGACCGCUGUGAUGCCGGCUGGUUAGCUGAUGGUAGUGUCCGUUAUCCCAUAACGGUGCCCCGGGCAAACUGCGGCCCACCAGAUCCUGGUGUGCGUGGUUUUGGGUUCCCCCCUGCGCAUCUGAAAUUUAGCGUUUACUGUUAUCGAUAGAUACUUUUUUGCUCAACACCAUAGAAAACGAACAAUUUACAAAGCUCACUGGUUGAGAGGUUCACUUUAGAUGUUUCCUGGAAGCAAUUUAGCGGUUAGCCAGUUUGUUCCUCCACUUCAAAAAGAACGUAGCUGAUAACAUCUUUUAAACUAAGUACAUCUGAAUCCAUGGGCAUUAAUAUGCUGCUAAUACAUCUUUUUUGAAUCUACAAGUUUUUGGAAUCUGGAAUCAGAAGAUGUUUCUCUUAUUCAGUCACAGCAGAAUUAGUUAGCACAUAUAUAGACAUUGGGCAUUUCACCUUUUUCCGACAAGCUGUUAUAACGUCAUACCGCUUUGAUCCACUUCAUUGAUACUAGCUGUGAUCUUGUCCCAACCACAAUGACAGUCUGCAGAAAAGGAAAACACCUUCCUGUACUUUUAUGUACAAUCAUUUAAUUCUAGGGAACAGUUAAGAUAUUUCUUAACAUUUUGCAAAACAGCUCAGACUUUGUGAACCACCAGCACUGACAUUAAUUAACAGAUGAUUCAUUAUAAACUUAGAGGAGAUUUCAGACAGAAAAAUCUUUAUGCUUGGAAUACUCUCAAACCUUGCCUACAUCCUUCAUCUACUAUGUACUAAUUCAAGACCUUUUUUUCAAACCAUGCCCAUUAUAGUCAAACUUCAAAGCUCUAAGCUUCAAACCACAUCUGUAGCUUUUGUGUUAAGUGCCUUGCUGAAGGGCACUCUGACGAUUAAAGCAGAGAAGAAUGUUUCUUUUUAAUUUCCCUAUAAAAUCUCACUCACUGUGUCGCCACACCAAGCAAUCAUUCUGUCUCUCCGAUACUGUGAAAUAUACUAAAGUGUUUGUUCGUUGACUGAAAUGCUUGUUUAUCCCACUUUAUAAAGUAUAAUGCGUCUCUUAACUUUUCUCUGUGUUGAGGAGAAUAGUUUGUGAUAAAGAAAAGUUAUCUGUAUUACUGUAGUAUUUAAACGCUCUUGUUUACAUCCGUUGUGGGAAAAGAAGAAACAUUGUCUCAUUACAUAUAUUCACAUGUUUUUGUUUUCAUUAUCUAAUUUUUGUAUUUGUACCAUUUUCUACAAAUUGAUUAAAACGCUACUGUACGGAC